GUUGUGAUCGCUCGCCAUAACGCGCGCGUAAACGCGGGAAAAUUGAAAAGCAGCCAUGUUGGUUUUGAAGGCCCUGAUUCUCUGUGCAGCGUGGUUGGCAGUUUACUGCCAGGGCCCCAACGGUCCUACCACCACCCCAGUACCCAUCCUGAAGCAGAUCAACAGACAGAACGAUGAUGGAUCUUACAGUUACGGAUAUGAAGCUGCUGACGGAUCCUUCAAGAUUGAGACAAAAUACCCGAAUGGUGAUGUAGCUGGAAAGUAUGGAUAUGUUGACGAGAAUGGAAAAACUAGAGAGAUCUCGUAUGGUGCCAGCAGUCAGAGAGGUUUCGAGCCCGAAGGCCCUGGCAUCAUGGUGCCCCCACCAACUCUAAACAACCCUCAAUCCUCGAACGCUCUCACUGAUGGCCAGGAAGACGAUGGCCAGUACCGUGAAGACCCUAGCAUCUAUGAGGACCCGAAGUACAACAGCCGCGCCCAGCCACGACCAGCUCCCAUCAGACAGUUCCACCAGCCUGCUCAACCAGCGCCUGCGAGACAGUACCAACAACAGCCCCAGUUUGCCCCAGCACCCACAGCUGCUCCAGCUCCUCAAUACCAGCAGCAGAGCCAGUUUAGAUCAGCUCCUCUCUACUCCCAGCAAACCAGCCUCUUCAACCAAGGUCCUCAGCAAUUCCCAGCCCAAAACCAGGACUUCCGUCCUCAGAGCCAGGUAUACCACCAGCAGCCUCAAUUCUCGUACCAGGCUUACACUCCUCAGCCUUACCAGAAUUUCCAGAGCCAGAGUUUUCAGCCCCAGUACCAACAGCAGCAGUACCAGGGCCAGAAUCAGAAUUUCAACCCAUUUGUUGGCCACCCCGCCCAGAACUUUGACCCCAGCUCUGGGUCGUACUCCAUCAACUUCACCGGUUAAGUGAUUAUUGUUAUUGUUGUUUGAUGGUGUAAGUUGUAGUAUUAUUGUGUUUGUGUAGACGAUUCGUAGACUUUAGUAGACUUUGAUGGUAGUAUCAGGAUUUACUACAAUUAUCACC